CCAGAGUUCGGUAAUCAAUAAUUGACAUUUUUUGACUAUCCCUCGAAUCUUUCCAGAUGCUUAUAAUGAAGCUGAUAACCAUCGUAACAAUGUUCAGCAGGAUAUACGCAUGUCGAAUUAAGGGAUGUUUGAAAUUUUCCAGCUAUAUGUCUCCCAUUCCAAUAUCGAAUGUAGCAGACAAAGUUUCCCAUUGUAACCUCAAAGAGGUCUAUUUGAGUUACAAUUAUGUUUUGUGCAUAUAACUUUCCACUGACGAUUGUGACAGUUUGUCUGUUUUUGAAUGUCUCUUAUACGGAAAUACUCGAAAAAAGAGAAAUUGACAAAAAUGGUAUCAUUUUGGAUAGCGAUCGAUUAGAUUCGAAAAACAAUUCUUUGGUCCUCAUAAUAUUACAAUACUCCAAAGAUGAGAAGAUACAAGGACAUACAAAGGACAAUCCUGUUGCCAUUAGACAGAAGAGAAAUGAUGUGGUUAGUAGAAAUAUUUCGAUGAUACUUGAAAAUUUGUUGAAGAGAUACGAGAGUUCUCAGUUGCCUACUCAUGGACGAACAGAACCUACUUUGAUUAAGACCAACAUUCUGAUCCGUAGUAUGGGACCAAUAUCAGAGUUAGAUAUGGAAUAUUCGAUGGACUGUUACUUUCGGCAGUAUUGGAGAGAUGAACGAUUGUCUUUCAAAGGACCUAUACAAUCUCUUUCCCUAUCUAUAAAGAUGCUUGAACGCAUAUGGAGACCUGACACGUUUUUUUAUAAUGGAAAAAAUUCAUAUGUACAUACUAUUACAGUUCCAAACAAGUUGCUGAGGAUUUCUCAAGAUGGGGACAUACUAUAUUCAAUGAGACUGACGAUAAAGGCGAAAUGUCCCAUGAAACUUCAUACCUUUCCGAUGGACAGACAAUCGUGCCCACUGAUUCUGGGAAGUUAUGCAUACUCUUCAAAAGAUAUAAUAUACCAAUGGAUGGACGAGGGGAGUGUAACAUUCGUGCCAGGAAUGACACUGUCUCAGUUUGAUCUCAUUUCAUUUCCCUACAGGAAUCAAACCAUCAGGAGGAGAGAAGGAGAUUUCUCUGUCCUUCAGGUAUCUUUCAAUCUCCGAAGACACACUGGUUACUUCCUCAUACAAGUCUACGUACCAUGCAUACUAAUAGUUGUUCUAUCCUGGGUGUCUUUCUGGAUACAUAGAGAAGCCACCAGCGACAGAGUAGGCCUUGGUAUAACCACAGUCCUCACCCUAUCCACCAUAAGUUUGGACUCGCGAAGAGAUCUACCAAAAGUAAAAUACGCGACUGCUUUAGACUGGUUUCUCCUGAUGAGCUUCUUCUACUGUAUAGCUACCCUCUUGGAGUUUGCUGGCGUCCAUUAUUUCACCAAGGUUGGAAGUGGAGAGAUACCGGUUGAUGAAGAAGAAUGGGAAGAAUUCGAGAAAGAGGAGAUCAUUGGAGUUGAUUCUAGCGAGGUUUCAGAUGAUGCUGUGCUACUCAACUCGACACAACCUACUAGAAGGAGGAGUUCUUUGGUCUGCCCAAUUCUCAACGAUCCUUCUUCACCUUACAGCAGUAGAAGACCUUCUGGAUAUCAGAUACCAAAAUUCGUUGCUCGCACUGUUGAGAAGACAACUCAAACUGAAUUCAAGAUUCCCAUAUGGAAACAGGUGGGGUAUUGCUUGAAAGGUGACGAUAAUUUCCGAAGACAAAGGCAACGAGAAGCAGCUUCCAGUGGAUAUGCUUCCAUCAAUGGCUACCAACACGUCAAUAGCGUUUCCUUGAUAGACCGCACAGCUCGUAUUCUCUUUCCUGUUUCUUUUACAGUUGUUAAUAUCUGUUAUUGGCUGACUUAUUUCAUGUGUCAUGGUGAUUUUGAAUGGGAAAAUGCACCUUCUAACACACUAAACUAAACACAAGAAUGUUUGACAAACUAAACUACUUCUGCCGAAUGUAUUUACAAUGUUAGAAAUUAUAUUACUAUGAAUUAUUUAUAAGAAUCAAUAAAAUCUUAUCUCACUUA